AUGCAGGUCCAACCUAUUCCGAAGCCGACUAACAUCACUCACAAGCCUGUACCUGCUUCAGCUCCAGCCAAAAGCAACACUUCUCAAGGCCAGCUAAAUGUCUCAGCGGGCGCCAACUUGGACAAGAUCACUUCGACUUUGAAGCCCAGUGGCCUUGAGAAGAGUCAUUGGGGCACGGCGGAGCCAACCGGCGCCCGUACUCAGAAUGUAAUCAAUGUUGCGGAGGCUGAGCUCGACGCUAGCUUGACCGCCAGAGCUUCUGCCGUGCUUCUCAAAGAUGGAAAGGAUACCAUCAACCGACCUGCCAUUAACCUCGAUGGGCAAAUCUCUCGUCUUCUUGAGAAGGGCCAGAGCAAUGGCGAGAUAGAUAAGACGGCGAAGACGGCCGACAACAACAUUUUGUUCCUGCAGCAGCCAAAGGCCGGUACGAUAUUAUGGGCUCUUCAACAGCUUGAAGCUGGGUUGGAGCUUCCUGACCCACAGGAGUUGAGAGCUCGCGGAGCCGCAACCGAAGGCCGCCAUUCCCCGUCUGAGACUGCCAUGCCACGAGACAGAUUCUUUGCCACGGCGCGAAAGGACGUCAACAGAGCUACGGACCAUCAGAUGGUCAAGGAGUCCAUGGCCAAUGAGUCCAAGACGGAUGAUCUCAAUUGCCACUGCCCUAAAAGAAGCCACCCUGUUAUUGGCCUGGCAGCUUCGAAGUACAACACAGACGCAGACGGCGAUGUUGACAUCUCCGGAAUGUCCACUGCGGCUCGUAACAAGUUUGCAGUCAACGUCGUUCUUCAAGACCACGCUAUGGCUGACUGCCCUGUUCUGCUGAGAACCAAGGCAAAGUACCCCUUGUACUUUGGUGCGAACCCGGCCACGGCGACGGACGAAAAUGACAGCCUCAGUGUCACCCGCUGGGAGGAUUCUCACCACAUGAUCCCUCUACCCGCUCAGCAGCAUCAGCAGCAGCCUCAGCCUCAACCUCAGCAGCAGCUUCAACCUCAGCAGCAGCAGCCUAGUAGAGGCAGAGGUCUCAUGUCUUCUAUUUGGGCUUGA